AUGUCCACUGAAAGCACAUUUCCAUCACCCGAGUCAAGCAGGUCAAUGUCACGAGGCACAUCAUCAGGCACACUUGAAGGCAUCUUGCAGCAAUACAGCCAAAAGCCUGAAUUGCUUGAGCUUAUCCUUAUGAGCAAAGUACAAGAAGAUCGUCGUAGAGCUGAAGAGGCUAAGCUGCGAAGUAAAGAAAUCGAUUAUGUAUUGCAACGAGAUCGAGACAGAGAGCAGGCAUCAUCAUCGUCAUCGUAUCAACACCGCCAUUCGUUGCCAUCGCUACUUUCGAUUAUGGAUCCAUCCAAGUUGAGCUCUUCUCCUCCAUUGACAAACUCGUCGUUGGGUUCACCCAGAUCGGUUCCCGAACCCGAUCGCAGCUAUCCUUCUUCCGCGGAAACGUUUAGUAAUAAAGAUGCACCUCCACCACCUCCACCUCCACCAUCACAACAACAGCAGCGGGAGUCACCAUCCAUCAGCUAUCAUUCGACUCUUUUACAUCCUACCAUUGUUCAUCAACAACAUCAAGCAUCACCUCCAUCAUCAUCAUCUGCAAAUCAUCAGCAGCAACGAUCACCGCUUUUAUUGCCAUCAUUGAUGGACAGUUACCCACACCAUUCACAUCAACAACGCAGGUCGUCUUUACCACCACCUCCUCCCCCAGCAGCUCCUUCAUCUUCAUCAACACCACCAAAGACACAACAUCCACCUAUAGAGCCUAUGAGCAACAUGUACAGCCGUAAAAGGCCCGCUUUCAAUGAAUCCGAGCCAGCAUCAUCAUUAGAUCAUCAUCAUGCUACCAACAACACUACUCCACCAUUGACCACAGCAGCAUCUAAAAGCAAAAGCAAUACGACAACAUACCAUUAUUACUAUGAAUCAACGUUGAUGCCCGUUAAAAAUAAGACGUCGACACCCACACAACCACAACCACAACCACAACAGCCAUCAGCACCUCAACCACCUCCUUCUAAUAAGGUGCCAAUACCACCGAUGCCUAUGUCACAUACACACAUUAUGAAUGCGAAGAAUACCAACAAUCUUCAUAACCGACAAAUGAACCACAGCAAUAAACGUCGUCGACGGGAGAUGCAGGCCAUCACCAUGAUCAUCGAAACUCGGGAGUUUCCUUACAACGACGACUAUCUUUGGAAGAACAAUGGCAACACCAUUCACAAAGGAUCAGGCAACAAAAGCAUUUAUUACAAGUGUGCCAAUAACCCAAAGGGAUGUCCUGUGAAUAAGACUGUUACCUUCAAAGACAAUGGCGAAUACCUCAUCAAGUACCGUGGCAAGCAUCUUAGUGAUUGCAGCCGUAUUAAGCGUGUGGUCGAUGUAUAA